ACAGGUUAUUACACACAACACAUUCAUAAAUUUCUCAAACUAAGAACUAAGAGCUCCACUAUACCUACACAUCUUCUCUCUCCCUCAAAAGCCAGUCAUGGCCAAAUUCAUACCUUUUCUUCUCUUAGCCACAAUUUUCUUCUCUUUCAUUUGUCUCACUAUGUCAAAAGAAGCUGAGUACCAGCCAGAAAGUUAUGGACCCGGAAGUCUGAAAUCAUACCAAUGUGGAGGACAAUGCACGAGGAGGUGUGGUAACACAAAGUAUCAUAAGCCAUGCAUGUUCUUCUGCCAAAAGUGUUGUGCUAAAUGCCUUUGUGUCCCUCCAGGCACGUACGGCAAUAAACAAGUGUGUCCUUGUUACAACAACUGGAAGACUCAACAAGGUGGACCAAAAUGUCCAUAAGCAAAAACAUUAAAAGAGAGGAACCCCAAUCUACUAUUGAAUAUUUUCUUUAAUUAAUUAACUAUAGUAUGUUUCUGUUGUUGUGAUGAUGAUUAAAUUUUAAUGUUAUUGUCUGUGUUAUUUACCAUCAA